CCUAGAAAUCUUGAAGAAAGGGGGCGCGGGAGAAUCAAUAGGGGAGGGAGGGGCAUCACCAUCAUCAUCGACAAUGGAGGCCGAGAAGUUCCAGAUCGACCUCGGCAAUCUCAUGGCCUACGAUCCAUCCCACCAUUUCCCAUCCCUUCCCGAUUCCAGGGAGGAGCUUACGAGAAAGUGUUUGGAGAGAGGCACGGAGCUCGUUCAGGCUGUGGCUAAUGCGCUUUUCAGCUUGCCUUCUUCUGAAGAUCCCGAUGGUCCCAUAGUCACUCUUCCGGAGCCUACCACAAAGCUCCCCAGAGAGAAGCAUCUUCCAAAGCCUAAGCCCCCAACAAAGUGGGAACAGUUUGCCAAGAUGAAAGGAAUAAAGAAUCACAAGAAAGAUAAACGAGUCUUUGAUGAACAAACCAGCACUUGGAAGAGGCGUCAUGGUUAUGAUCGUGUAAACGAUGACAAGGAUAUUCCUAUUAUUGAGGCCAAACCAACUGAUGAACCAGGGGAGGAUCCUUUCGCCAAAAGAAAGGCUGAGAAGAAGCAGAGAGUUGAAAAACAAGAAAAGAACCGUCUACAAAAUCUAAAACAGGCCAUGAAGGCCGGUGCCUUGCCUAGCCAUGUUCAACUUGCUGCAACAGCAUUGCCCAUUACUGGAACAAAGACUGAAGUACCGGAGAAAGCUAACAAACAAGAGCUUGAGAAUGUGGCUGGAAUGGCAGCUGCGGCAACCGCAAGUGGUGGAAAAUUUGACAAAAAGCUACCAGGAGAAAAACCUGCCAAGCACCCUGGGAAAUAUCGGAAGUUUCUGCCUGUUGUCGAAGGAAAAGGGUUGGGAUCACAAGAGAAGCAGCAAACAGAUAAGAUUCUCAACAAGUUGAUGUCUCAAAGCUCACAUGACAUACUUGAUGUCAACAAGGCUGUUUCUAUGUACAAUGUGAAAGCCGAAAAGAGAAGGAAACAUGAAAAAGAGAAGGGUGCAUCUUCUUCUAAUUCAGGAAAAUUGAAGCCGAAGAAGAAAUCAUUCAAGAAAUCAGCAACAAAGAAAUCAUCCAAGAAAUCGGCACCGAAGAAGCAUUAGAGAUGUUGUCUUUGAGGAUUCACCAGUUGAGCUGAAGCAUUUAGUGUUGGCUGGAAUGUUUUUUUGGAUACCUUUAUUUUUUUUUGUUGACAUUUUUCUUUUUUCCAACAUUGUGAGCUUAACAUAUUUGCUUGUAAUGUAUAAUCUAUUUCAAGUUAUGAGCAAUUUUGCAGUUCUGGUGA